GGCGAUGUAUCGGGAUGCACCAGAGUAUCGAGUUGGCAUAAAAAAAUCUGGUCUUCGUGUCGUGUUAUUCAUUAAUUGCGCGUUGCUUUAAUUUGUCGGUGAGCAAAAUCGGAGCUCGGCGAUAUCGCCAGUUGUGCAAUACUUGAUUUAAGCGGUAUCUGUAACUCCGUAAUUCCCUCUCCACUUGGAAAACCCAUUUUUGCAGCCGCAUACUUGCAGAUACUUCACUUCGUUUCGAUUUUAUAUUCUCCCGACCGCAAUGAAUCGACAGGCGAAAUUCCUAAUCUUGUGCCUGUUCGUGGGGCUCUUCUCCGCGAAUUUGUGCGAUGAAGCUGCAGUAACCACACCGGGUUCCAAGGACAACACCACGCCUGUUCCAACGCCGGAUUCCAAGAACACCACCGUCGCACCGCCGGAUACAACGACUCCUGUGACCACACCGCCAACCACCACAACUAGCUCCACGACUAGUUCUACCACUGAAAAGCCCACAACCACCACUCCGGCCAGCACCACUACGCCCAGCACCACCACCACUCCGGCCCCCAAUACCACCACCACCAAGCCUACGACCACGCCGAGUACUUCGACCACUCCGCCUCCGAACUCGACCACAACUACGCCGCCGACCCCAUCGACCACUCCGGCGCCCAAGCCUGUGCCGUGCGGCCAUUUCGACGGAUCCUCGUUCAUCGGCGGGAUAGUGCUGACUCUGGGCCUGCUGGCCAUUGGAUUGGUGGCCUACAAGUUCUAUAAGGCCCGCAACGACCGCAACUACCACACCCUUUGAGCCGCCACAGCCUUUACGUCGGCCUUCAAUGCGGCAGCCGGAGCGGCGGCGGCCAGCAGCAGUGCCGCAUCAACAGAUGCGGAACGCGUGCGGUUUGUCCAGCCUUCGAUACCGCUAAGAUCGCCGCCGGCGCAGCCGCCUCCGCCACCACCCACCCAAAUGGGUGGCAGUGGUGGCGGGGCGGCGGCAGCUCCGCAAAACUGCUCGCCAUCGGCCCGGGAUCGGCUGCUACACACGUAAUUUAAACGCGGGGAACUACACGUUAAUACCCAUAUAAAUGCUAUCCAAAGAGAACCCCAGAUAUUCCCAACACACAACACAGUCAAGUAAAGUCAGUUCUUAAAUUCAAUAAUAACCCCCAGAGCGGACACGAGCAGGCUCUAGAUUCUUAAGUACUUUCCUUAUCAGUCACAUGGCGACCCACACAAACACUCUGAAAAUAACAAAAAAAUAUUUGUCUUUAAUGCAUUGCAUCCAUAUGUAAGGGUACGUUUUUUGCAAACAUCAGUUUAUCAGCAACUUGAGCGGAUGUUCAACGCCUUAUAGAGGAGCCGGCGGAGCCUGUCACAGGGAUCCCAUGGCGACCAUGAACAGAGAUAUGAGUAAUGAGAUCGAAACAAAACGAAACGAGAGGAGUAAGAACAAAUAACAGCAAAUAUGUGAGACUGCUUGAUAGCGAGAAAGUGAACAGAUCAGAAAACGGAAAGCGGCUGGCUACGGCUUUGUUUCUGGAAUUCAUAGAGCUACGAAAGGAAAUAUAUAAAUUUUGAUUAUAUUUACACAAUUUUGAAAAACUAAAAUCAAUUCAUUUUAGGAACUAAGAAUAUAUACUACCUAAACCGAGCUAUACAAAAUGGAAACGCGUUUCAAUUUCCUUUUUUAAUGUGCAUUUUUUUUUCCCUCAUAAAAAACUAGCGUUAAUGUUUGCUGCGUUUCCCCGGUCUUCGCCCACGUAUCGAUUCUCUUCACUACCCCGACAUCCCGGGGUAUGUAGUAUUGCAAAAAAUCAAUAAAGCGACUCACGAUGCACAGCAACAGGAUUUACGGACUGCGGUGCACGGUUGAUAUGCGUUUGUAUGCAAUAUAAACAAAUAUUUAUAGCGCUGAAUAGAUUGCAGCUGAGGAGCCUCCAUGUUAAUGCAUACACGCAAAUGUUGAAUAUUUUGUACUAGUAUUGAAACUAUACAUAUGAAUUACUUUUACCUACCCGCGCUUACUGUUGAACAAAUACACCUUUGAAGCUACAAAUCGAUCACAUGGACCCGUCAAGUUUACGCGAAUGAAAACUCUGUGCACAUGAAAAUCUCAUAAGUAUAUAAGCUAAAGUAACCAAUCAAUGUAUAUCCAGUAAAUCACUCAGCCGGCUUACUAAAAUAUAUAAAUAAAUAUAUCUAUGUCUGUAUAUCGUGUACGAUAAUAAAUAUUUUAAAAAUUUAAA